AUGUUCGCGCAGCUCGCCGAGACGGAGAAGGCGACGGAGACCGACGGCGAGCGCAAGUCCCGGGAGGCCCUGGCCCUCGCGGACCAGCUCGAGCAGGUGCUGGGCGACGACGAGCCGCCCGUCGCCGCGGCGCCGCCCGCGGCGCCCGCGCCGCCGCCGCCGCCGCCGCCGCUCGCGCCGGAGAUCCUCAUGCCCGACGUCUUCCAGCGCCAGCCGACGGCCGACGACAGGAACCUCGUCGUCACCGUGUCGCUGCCCGGCGUCGCCAAGGGCGCGACGAAGCUCGACAUCUCCGAGUCGGACAUCCGCCUCUACGCGCCCGCGCCGCCGCGCGGCGGCCGCGACCGCGAGUACCGCCUCAACGCCAAGCUCGCCCGCCGGGUCCUCUCGGACCAGGCCAAGGCCAAGUGGAAGUCCAAGGCCGAGCAGCUCGUCGUGACCAUCCCGACGCUCGCCGGGCAUUAA